CGCAGAUCUCCUUACUGCGGGGACUGAGGCAGUUGACACUGUACUUGGCACUGCUCGGUUUGCUCCUGGAAAUCUAUCCACUGCUCUGAGAUUAUAUCCUGGGGACUACAGUUUGGGGGAUCCCUAUUGCAGAUCCACGACUCUACUCUGAGGUAGCCUACGGUUCAGCCUUCAUUGCAAAGGUGAUUCCCUGGAAGCCUGGUUAAUCUGCGAUUUCAAAGUGUAUAAGAAAAUGAAGAAACACUUGAUCUGUUACCUUAUAGCACUGUAUGCAAUAGAAGCAAUUGGAUAUUCCUCAAAGAAGUCCUCUAGAGAUUUAGAUGCAACGCCAAGGAUAACAGUGACCUACAAUGAACUUUCUGACGUAAAACCGUUCCACCGUAGUGUAAAGAAUUACAGUACAUUACUUCUGGAGGAUGAAAAUGGGAUCCUUUAUGUGGGUGCACGAGGAGCCAUAUUUGCCCUCAAUUCCAGUGAUAUUUCCUACGAAUCACAGAAAGCUAUCCGUUGGGAAGUCAAUUUUACAGAACACAAGACCUGUACAGAAAAAGGCAAAAACAAUCAGACAGAGUGCUUCAACCAUAUAAGGCUUCUGCAAAGAUUUAAUGAAACCCACCUGUAUGUCUGUGGAACAUAUGCAUUUGUUCCUAAGUGUGCCUACAUUGAUGUUAAGACUUUCAUUUUGCCUUCAACCUUUGAAGAUGGGAAAGAAAAAUGCCCAUAUGAUCCUGCCAGGGGAUAUACAAGUCUCAUAAUAGAUGGAGCUUUAUACACAGCCACUCGUUAUGAAUUCCGCAACCAUCCGGAUAUACGGAGAAACCUUUAUCAACUUCUCCUGAAAACAGAGGAAUCCCCCAUGCUCUGGCUCAAUGAUGCCGACUUUGUGUCCUCGGCUCUGGUUCAGGAAAGCUUAAAUGAGGAAGUAGGAGACGAUGACAAAAUCUAUUACUUUUUUAAUGAGAGGGCAGUCGAGGAGAGUUCAUCUUUUCUGGACAAGACUCAAGUGGCCAGGGUAGCCAGAGUGUGCAAGAGUGACAUGGGUGGCAAAAAAAUCUUACAGAAGAAGUGGACAUCAUUUCUAAAAGCCAGAUUAGUCUGCUCUAUCCCAUAUUAUGAAACCCUUAAGGCAGUAUAUACACUGGAAACAGGAAGCUGGAACAACACCAUUUUCUAUGGAACCUUUAUUUUGCAGUGGAGGAACAUGGAAGCUUCAGCCAUUUGUCAGUACAGUGUGUCAGAUAUCCAGAAAGUGUUUGAAGGUCCCUAUAUGGAGUACCAAGUUGCUUCUCGUAAAUGGUCCAGACUUGAAGGAGAUGUUCCAAAACCAAGGCCUGGUACUUGCAUCACUAAUGAGUUACGGAACAAUGGCUACAACUCUUCCCAAGACCUUCCAAACAAUGUCCUAGACUUUGUGAAGCUCCAUCCCCUUAUGUACGAAGAAGUUAAACCAGUUGGCGAACAGCCACUUCUCAUGAAGAAAAACAUCAUCUAUACCAGAAUUGCUGUGGAUCGAGUAAAAGCUUUGGAUGACAAGUUUUAUGAUGUGCUGUUUAUAGGGACAGGUGAUGGCUGGAUACACAAGGCAGUAGUUAUUAAUAAUAAUGUCCACAUUAUAGAAGAAAUACAAGUUUUCAGGAGGCCACAGCCUGUGGAAAAUUUGGUGAUCUCCAACAAACAGAAUAGUUUAUAUAUUGGAGCACAGAGUGGAGUUAUUCAGAUUCCCUUGUCCAACUGUAAAGCAUAUACUUCAUGCUAUGACUGUAUACUAUCCAGGAACCCAUACUGUGGCUGGGACGGAGAAAGAUGCAGAGACAUUUUUACAGCUAAAGAUAGGGCACAGAUGACGCAGGAUAUGCAGAAUGGUAAUGGAGGAUGUUUCAACUACACAGAUGAGGCUGACUCUGUCAAGAAGUUAAGGACUGUUUUAACAGGGGAUGAUGUUCUUCUGCAAUGUGACCUGAAGUCUAAUCUGGCCAGGGUUCAGUGGAUAGUAAACGACACAGACCAAGUGGAAGAAAAUGAUGGUCACUUCAGAGUAGGAAUCGAUGGCCUUCUGAUUUCAGACGCUCAAAUGGAGCACAUUGGGGAAUACAAAUGCUUUUCUGAAGAGCAAGGAUUGCAGUCUGUAAUUUCUGUAUAUACAUUAAAUAUUCUGAUGAAGCACCCAAAAGAAAAACCAUAUUCUGAAUCUACUCCAGUGGUCCAGUUGCCAACAGCAGCAAGCCUCACCUCACGUAAGAUGGAGGUCGUCUACAUAUCCAUCAUUACUUUUCUUGGUGGUCUGUGUAUCGUUCUCACUAUAGUUUUACUAUAUGUGUCGUGCCAACACAAACGGAAGGGUACAUAUGCUAUGAGCAACUCUCAGAGUAACAAUGUUGAGUUGCAAACAGUUUCAUGCAAUUUCAAGGAAAAGUCAGAGGACAACAUGAACAACAGCUACUCCGAUGGAUGUCUACAGAUCAUUCCUGGUGAGGCACCAACAGCAUCUCCUAGCAGAGGUGCUCCGCCCCCUCCACCCCCACCUCCUCCACUGCCGUCUGAGUUCACCAAUGGAAUUGGAACUCUCCCGAACAUGUUAAGGAAAAUGAAUGGCAACAGUUACAUGCUUUUGAGACAGAAUGAGGAGUCUUCCUCACCAUUAUACAACUCAUUUACAGAGGAACUCAGCAAGAUUCUAGAAAAAAGGAAACAUACUCAGCUGGUGGAGAAGCUGGAUGAAAGUUCUGUUUAAAAUAAACUUAAAAAACAAAACAAACUAUGAAUCCAUUCCCUUCAAUCUACCUCAAAUUAAAUUUAUAUAUUUUUUUAGUUAAUAAUGUUUUUAUAUACAUUUAUCCAUGGCUUUAACAUUUUAUUUAUAUCAAGACAUAAAUCAUCAGCGGUGUGUAGGGCCAUGUUAUUAUUUUUUUUUAACCACAAAAUGGACUUAUUCAAGCAAGGAAUGGGCACGUCCUGCUGAUGGAGAGAUGCUGUAUGAUUUUGUCAUAAGUCUGCCAAAAGGAGAGAAGUGCACCGGUUCUGACAACAUGAGGCGAUGAAUAAGCAAUUGAAGAUUUUGAAUAGCAUUUGAAUGGAAAGCACGUGGAAUCACUGAACGUUUCUUGCUAUUUUCCUUGGUGAUUAUGAAGGCAUCAAGAUAUGAACAGCGUGCAAAUUACUGCAUCUGCCGAUUAGAAACCAAUUAUUCAAGAUGGUCGGCUAAUGGUACCAGCUGUCCUGCUCUUGAGUGGCUGCGUAGAAAUUCUCAGCACAAACCAUGGUAUACAGGAAAAUAUGGCAGCAGCAAGGAUUUACGACUAUGUGACGGCUUCUCUUUCAGCCGCAGAUUUGGGGGGAAAAACUGAAGCAAGCACUUUACUUUGAACUUGAGUGAUAACUUUUUUUUAAAGGGUGAUUGCAUCUUUCCUCAAGACAUAAUGGGAAAUUGCCACUGAACUAGUUACAUUAUAAAGCCGUGGCCCUGUGGAUGACCCUGUGUCAUAACUUAAUCCCUAACGUAUUAUGCUUUAUCACUUCAUAAAACCAAUACAUUUUCCUCCAAGGGCAUUUUUAUUUGUUCAGUAGGGAGAUCGCUCUGUGUGUCAGCUGCCUGCAAAUUGCAAUGACUGCGUUUUGUCUCGCAUGAACAUUUAUAAUUCUUUGUUUUCUUCUUUCUCACUCCCAGAGUACUUGUUUUAUUACUUGCGUCCUUUAUUUGCCCCUUCGGUUUUAAUCUUAUAUUCUUGCUUUAGCUCUUCAGAUAACUAUAUAAUUCAUCAAUUAACUAUGGCCUAGAUUCUCUAAACCUCUUAGUGGAUAAAGAGAGUUGUUGUUUAAAGCAUGGUCUUGCUAAGGGUUAAAAGAACAUUAAAGACCUCUUUUGUGUAAAAUUGUGCUUGUGCUACGCUCCCUAAAGAGGCCAAAAAGCAAAUUCUUGAACCUGCCAAUGCUGCAAAUCAAAUAGCUGGUUUAAGCAGUUUGCAGCAUUUUGAAAAACUAGGUUACAGAUUUUGUUUUUUUGGUCACUCUAGGGAGUGUGGAAGAAAACACUAUACACAAACCAAGAGGUGUUCAACAUAGUUUACUAGUCCUUAAAGCCUGACUGUGGAAGAUGUUGAGUAGGUUAAAAUUAUAUGCGUGGCCUAUUAUAUACACACACCUGAAUAAUAUAGAAUUUGUCAUAAUUUGCAAAUAAAACUGCAUAUUUUAUUAACUUAAGAUUUUAAGCAUUUUAUCAUCUGAAAGGAACAUUAUAGGCAAAUUAUGUCUUAUUAUGUUACACAAAGAAACAUUUAUUUUAAUAUAUAAAGUAAUAUUAUAAGAUAUUUUUAAAGAAAAAAGUACAGUAGAGUCAAAAUUAAACUUUCAUGAUUCAGACAGAGCAUGUAAUUUUAAACAAUUUCCAAUGUACUUCUACUAACUAAUUAGCUUCAUUCUUUUGGUAUCCUUUGUUGAAACUCAUACCUAGGUAGGCUCGGGAGCAACAAUGCACUUCUGAGAGCUAGCUGCUGAUUGGAGGCUGCACAUAUAUUCCUCUUGUGAUUGGCUUAUUAGAUCUGUUUAGCUAGCACUCAGUAGUAAGAUACCAACAAAAGAUACUAAGGCAAUGAAGCAAAUUUUGAUAAUAGAUGUAAAUUUGUAAGCUCUAAUCAUGAAAGAAAAAAAUGGAGGUUUUAUGUCUCUUUAAUAGUUACUGGAACUGAUUUUUGCAUACAUUUUCAUUUUAUAUUAGGGACAACACUCAGAAUGGUAUUAGUUGAUAGGGACAAACCUUUAUAUAGAAUUAGUAUGUUUAUUUGGUAUAGAGAGAAAAAACAUCUUAAAAGGUUCUCUUUUAAUUGAAAUUGCAUGAAAUGCCCCUUUAAACUAGGGAAAACUUCAAAACUGUACAUCAUUUUACUGGUUUUUAACAAAUUUGAAUAAAUUCAGAUAAGGAAGCAAGGUGUGAAUUUGAAUGUAUCAGAUUGUGUAGGAUUAUUGAGCAGUCUUAAAGGGACAAGGCCUUUUGCUUUUGUGUAAAAAGGUUCUUUGUCCCACGUUCCCUAGAGAGGGCACAAAGCAAAAUCUGUAAUCUUUGUUUUCAAAAUGCUUCAAAUUGCCUAAACUAGUUCAUAAAAUUUUCAGCAUUUGUAGGUUACAGAAUUUGUUUUAUGGCUUCCUAGAGAGUUUGGGAAAAGCACAGCACUUACACAAAAUCAUGAUGUAUUUCAUUUCCUUUAAUUAUAUGUUUAACGGUAUGUUUAAAAGGGUGGAGCCAGUUUGCAUUUACAGAUCAUUUCAAACUGAUUUUAUGGUAUGGUUCUGAGAAUAGUCUUCAUACUUUACCUUUCUAUUUGUACCUUUAGCAUAUUUUUUCCAAGAGUCCUGAUAUUAAAUGUUUUUGUUUUUUUUAAACUGCAUUUUUUUUUUUUUUUAAGGGGAAAAAAAUAUUUCAGAUUUUAUGUGUACUUGAUUUGAUUUUAAAUCUCUCCCCACCACCUUUAAAGAAAAAAGUUUUGACUUUGACCCACCCCCUUGUGUGGCACUUUCUUGACCAACUGUUCAGUGUCUGUGUCCCCUUUGUGAGAGAUCACUCAUUUUUUCUUUGGGACUGUGAGUGAAUUAGACCAAAUGAAAAGGAAAUCAGUUGGCAAACAAUUACAAUAUAUAAAUAAGUUAUCAGUAUUUCCUAAAUGCUGCUCUACACUAUAAUGAGGUUUAUGGAGAAUAAAAAAUUGUUGGCUUACCAUUAAUAUUCUGCAAACUGCUUCUGCGUUUGGUUGAUAGUGUUAUAUAGUAAAACAUGGUACUUUUUAAGGAGCUUUUUUAGGGUGAUAAUACUGCCCUAUAGAUAGGAGGAAAUGGUUAAAAAAUAAUAAAACAAAUCAUACACCAGAA